GCCCGUUGAAAGUAGCAACCCAAUCAGUGCUUGUCAGCACUGCUGGGAGAUGCAGAGGUUCAUCCCAAGCAGUGUCUUCCUGGCUUCCCAGGCAGCAGGUUGGGUCCAGCUGCACCUCCCUGUCCUGACACCUCCACAGAGCAGGACCAUGGCCAGCCACUCACUGACUGUGGCUCCCCCGGCCUCACUGAGGAAGCCCCUGAAGAUCCCAGAUAGACUUCUCUUGGGACCGGGACCUUCCAAUCUUUCUUCACGGAUCAUGCGUGCAGGGGGCCUCCAAAUGAUUGGACACAUGCAUGAGGAAAUGUUUCAGAUCAUGGAUGAGAUCAAAGAUGGCAUCCGGUAUGCUUUCCAAACACAGAACAAGGUCACCCUGGCCAUCAGUGGCUCUGGACACACAGCUAUGGAAACUGCCCUGUUCAAUGUGAUUGAACCAGGGGAGUCCGUCCUGGUGGGGGUGAAUGGCAUGUGGGGACAGAGGGUAGCAGAAAUGGCUGAGAGGAUGGGAGGCAAAGUGCAUCAAAUGGUGAAGGCUCCUGGAGAGUAUUAUACACUGCAAGAUGUGGAGAAGGGUCUGACACAACACAAACCUGUGCUGCUCUUUCUCACCCAUGGAGAGUCCUCCAGUGGAGUAGCCCAGCCCUUGGAUGGAUAUGGUGAUCUUUGCCACAGGCACAAUUGUUUACUCCUGGUGGACUCCGUAGCCUCGUUAGGGGGAGCUCCAAUUUACAUGGACAAGCAAGGUAUUGACAUCUUGUAUUCUGGCUCUCAGAAAGUCUUGAAUUCCCCUCCUGGAACUUCCUUGAUGUCCUUCAGUGAAAAAGCCAGAAAUAAGAUUUUUAAUCGAAAGACAAAGCCUUAUUCUUUUAAUUUGGAUUUGAAGUGGCUGGCCAACUUUUGGGGUUGUGACGACAAUCCUAGGGUGUACCAUCACACCACCCCAGUCAUCAGCCUCUUUGGCCUCCGAGAGGGCUUGGCCGCGCUGGCUGAAGAGGGCCUGGAGGAGAGCUGGAAGAAGCACCAAGCGGCCACAGACUACCUGUACAAAGAGCUGCAGAAGCUGGGCCUCCAGCUCUUUGUAAAGGACCCGAAGGUGAGGUUACCCACGGUCACUACAGUGGCCAUCCCUCCGGGCUACAACUGGAAGGACAUCACCUCCUACCUCAUCAAGAAGCAUGACAUCGAGAUCACGGGCGGCCUGGGACCUUCGGUUGGAAUGGUGCUGAGGAUCGGCCUCCUCGGCUGCAACGCCACCAAAGCCAACGUGGACCGAGUCAUCCGGGCCCUGAAGGACGCGCUGCAGAAUUGCCCCAAGAACAAACUGUAGGGGCCCCCUGCGAAACCAGCUCAGCCUGACCUCGAGUGGGCUGGGGGUGGGCGAGGAUCUGAAGGAGCAGGGGCCGGAGAAGGAAAAAGGGGGAAUGCGCUCUAGCAAGAGGCAGAGGAGAGGCAGGGAGAGGGGGGGAGUCUCCCGCUCUGCUCCCGCCUUGCUGGGCCCUCCCUCAUGUAGGCCGGUCAUCCCUGGUCCCUUUCUAGAGAGCUCUCUGGAAAACGGCCUUCGUAGCUUCUGAUUUCCUGAAAGUUUUCUGGGGCCGGGAAAUCGGCGGCGGCUCCCCCCGAGUCUCUCUCUUCCUUUCAUUAAAGAAGCCGUUUGGGGCG